AUGAUUGCAACUGAGGAACAGAUAUCUCGGUGGAAAGAAGAGAAAAUCAUUGGUAUCAUCGGCUUAGGUGAUAUGGGCUUGUUGUAUGCCAAUAGAUUCUCCAAUGCUGGUUGGAAGGUGGUUUGCUGCGAUAGAGAAGAUUAUUAUGAUGACUUGAAAGUCAAAUAUGCGGGGGAAAGAUUCACAGUUCUCAAGAACGGAACCUUAGUGUCCAGAUGUAGUGAUUAUAUUAUUUAUUCGGUCGAAGCUGAGAACAUUGGAGCUAUCGUAAAAUUAUAUGCGGGAUCUACCAAAGUAGGAGCCAUUGUUGGUGGUCAGACCAGUUGUAAGAAUGCAGAGAUUAAAGCUUUUGAAGAAUAUUUGCCCCCUGAUUGUGAGAUCAUAUCGGUUCAUUCGCUACAUGGUCCAAAGGUUAACACAGAAGGUCAGCCAUUGGUUUUGAUUAACCAUAGAACAAAAAGUCAGGAAUCAUUUGAUUUCGUCGAAUCAUUGAUGUCUUGUUUGAAGAGCAAGCACGUUUAUCUAUCAUAUGAGGAGCAUGACAGAAUAACAGCCGAUACACAGGCAGUGACACAUGCGGCCUUUUUGAGUAUGGGUGUUGCCUGGUACCAAAAGCAAAUAUAUCCAUGGUCGCUGGGUGUAAACAAAUGGCAAGGUAGUUUGGAGAACGUGAAAGUAAAUAUAUCCCUUAGAAUCUACUCCAAUAAAUGGCAUGUAUAUGCUGGGUUGGCUAUUACAAACCCAGCAGCUCAUAAGCAGAUAACUCAAUAUGCAAAAAGUGCUACAGAGCUCUUCACAUUAUUCGUAGAGGGAAAAAAAGAUGAGUUGACUGAAAGACUUUCCGUAGCUAAACAAUUCGUGUUUGGGAAUCAUAACGGCAAGCUACUUCUACAUGAUUUAGCCUUAGAUGGAUACUCUCUAUCGAAACAUAAGAAAGGUGUCGAUGAUGAAAUUAUUCCAAACUCCCACUUGUCUCUUCUGGCUAUCGUAGAUAGUUGGUACCAACUUGGAAUUGACCCGUAUGAUCAUAUGAUAUGCAGUACCCCGCUAUUCAGAAUAUUCCUUGGUGUUAGCGAGUAUCUUUUCCUCAGCGAAGGUCUAUUGGAACAAACUAUCGAGGCAGCUAUUAACGUAACGGAAUUCAGGGCCGAUGAUAUGGAAUUUGUUAUCGCCGCUAGGUCAUGGUCUAAUAUUGUUUCAUUUGGGAACUUUGAUUUAUACAAAAGGCAAUUUGAAGAAGUGCAAAGAUUCUUUACUCCAAUGUUUCCUGAAGCAAAUGCCAUUGGUAAUGAAAUGAUCAAGACGAUACUUCAACAUUCCAAGGAUUAG